GCGCGCGUGCGCUCUAUCACCUCUGGGCUCCGUCCCCACUUGGGUUUGACCUACAACCGCCCGGAGAAAGAUGGCGGCGCCAGCAGCAGCCGGGCUCUCCCGGCAGGUACGGAGCUUCAGCACGUCUGUGGUCAGGCCCUUUGCCAAACUCGUGAGGCCCCCCGUGCAGCUUUAUGGCAUCGAAGGUCGCUAUGCCACUGCCCUUUAUUCUGCUGCUUCCAAACAGAAUAAGCUGGACCAAGUGGAAAAGGAGUUGCUACGGAUGGGGCAACUCCUGAAGGACCCCAAGGUGUCUCUUGCAGUUCUGAACCCCUACGUCAAGCGCUCCAUCAAAGCGAAAAGCCUGGCUAGUAUCACAGCCAAGGAAAAGUUUUCUCCACUGACAGCCAACCUCAUGAAUGUGCUUGCUGAGAACGGACGGCUAAGCAAUACCCAGGCGGUCAUCUCUGCCUUUUCCACCAUCAUGAGUGUCCACCGUGGAGAAGUGCCAUGCACGGUGACCACAGCAUCUCCUUUAGAUGACGCUGUUCUCUCCGAGUUAAAGACCGUGCUGAAGAGCUUCCUGGGUCAAGGACAGAUAUUGAAACUGGAGGUUAAGACUGAUCCGUCAAUCAUGGGUGGCAUGAUUGUCCGAAUUGGGGAGAAAUACGUUGACAUGUCUGCGAAGACCAAGAUUCAGAAGCUCAGCCAGGCCAUGCGGGAGAUGCUCUGAAGGCUGUUGCCUUUGUGAGCGCUCAUCCUUGGAGCAACAAUAAACCGCUUCCUAAACAGA